CCCGCCCUAAAGGUAGGAACGGGGGAGCGUGGCUGCAGCCCCGGGGGUCUCAGAGCCCUAGGGUAGACACGAGGCAGCACUUUCGGCGCGAACUUCGUGGCGGCGGCCACGGAGCAUCUGGCCCAAGCAAUAAGGAGGAGCUUCCCGCCGCGUCGCAGGCAGCCGCCGGGGACGCGGAGCUGGGCGCGGAGUGCUGUGAGGGGGAACGGUGGCGGUCUCAGACUCCGGGCGACACAGCGCCCCGCUCCGCUCCUCGGCCACACCAGGGGGGAAGGGAUCGCGUCCUUGUCACCUCGCUUGCUCAGGCUUCCGCUCGCCGCCUGCUCGGGACCCGAUGCGGCAAACGCCGCGGGACAGACAGCGCGCUGCGGAGAGCCCCGCACAUGCCUCUGCGGCCGCCGCACUCGAGCCUCGGCAGCAGGCACAAGUGAAGCAACAGCAAAGCCCCUCAUCUUGGAUUAUUUCCAGCAUCAUGACCUCCAGAUGUCAGCAGUAGGCUCCUGAGGCAUUCCAUCCUCCUCCAACUCUCCUCACUCCACUCUUCAGAAAGAGAGGGCCUUCAGGAAACACUGUAAAAGCACAGAUUUGUUUACUAAUUCAUGUAUUUGAACCAUCGUGGAAGACCUCUGCAUAUUCCUCUCCUUGCUUUGGACCCUGAUUCAGGCAGGCCAGCCAUGAAAGGGUACCUGGUGGCCAUAUUCCUGAGUUCCAUCUUCCUCUAUUAUGUGCUAUACUGUAUCCUGUGGGGAACAAAUGGCAAUUGGUUCCCAACUGAAGAAAUGAGGAAUAGAAACAAUGUCAAGAAUUGUCUUAAGAAGCCAGCUUUCAGCGAUCUUCUGAGGUUUCCUCAGUUUUACCCAUUUCUGUGUAAAGCUGAUUUUGUAAAGGUUGCUGCCACGUAUGGUACCAAUAAUUUUCUGUUGCCUUAUGGAAUAAAGACCUAUGAGCCACAUUUCAGCUCCGCCCUUUCAAAACUGCAGAGUUGUGAGCUCUUUGACAAGUUUGACAAAGCGCCAUGUAAAAGGUGUGUGGUGGUUGGUAAUGGAGGAGUGCUGAAGAAUAAGACAUUAGGAGCAAAAAUCGACUCCUAUGAUGUAGUAAUAAGAAUGAAUAGUGGUCCUGUUUUAGGCCAUGAAGAGGAAGUUGGGAAAAAGACAACCUUCAGGCUUUUUUAUCCAGAGUCUGUCUUUUCAGAUCCCAGUCACUAUGAUCCCAAUACUACAGCGGUUCUCGUUGUCUUUAAGCCUCAGGACUUAAGGUGGCUGAUGGAGAUACUGAUAGGUAGAAAAAUAAAUACAGAUGGGUUUUGGAAGAAACCAGCCUUAAAAUUGAUCUAUAAACAAUCCCAAAUCAGAAUAUUAGAUCCAUAUAUCAUCAGAGAAGCAGCUUUUCAACUGCUUCAUUUUCCUAGAGUAUUUCCCAAAGAUCAGAAACCCAAACACCCUACAACCGGAAUCAUUGCCAUCACGAUGGCAUUUCACAUAUGCAGUGAAGUCCACCUUGCUGGUUUUAAGUACAACUUUUACAGACCAGACAGUCCUUUACACUACUAUGGGAAUGCCACCAUGUCUUUGAUGAAGAAGAAUGCAUAUCACAAUCUGACUGCAGAACAGCUCUUUUUAGAGGACAUUAUAAAGAAAGGAAUGGUGAUCAACUUGACUCAAAAUUGACCCUACAGAUCCGAAAGAUGAUGCUAAACAGUAUUAGUUUUAUUUUUGUACCGCAAAUUUUUAGUUUAUUUUUAAAUAUAUUGGAUGAACUUAUCAAAUUAUGUAUAUUAAGUCUGUUGCUGCCUGGUGAUUUGUAACCACCAACUAAAUUUCAGUGAAUGUAUUUAUGAAAAGCAAGAUUUUUAGUUAUCAGGGAAAUGUGUAAAGUUCUGAUUAUGUUGUUUUUAAACAUGAUCUUUUUUAGUGUUCUGAGGCGUUUUAAAAUACAUUUUCAUAGUUCUUUCAUCUUAAAGAGUUCUAGGCAAUUUAGUUGACUUCACUUGUUCUGAUGGUCACAUAUCAUUUUGAGAUGCUUAUGAAGAUCAGUUUAUCCCGGGCAUGUGACUGGGAACCAGGUGCAGAACACUAGAAUUGCCUGGUUGUGGAAGUCAAUGGUGUCCACAGUAGUUUAAUUAAGUCCCCUCUACAAUUAAUUAAACCAGUAAUAAUUUAAUAAUAUGCAGUUAGUAAGAUGGCCUUGUCCAUGCUUGAAAAGUACUCUCUCACCUAACGAGCAUCCUGAGACUGAUUUUGGGGUGGGGGAGAGGGUUCUUACCAUGUAGCCCAGGCUGGCCUCGACCUUGGUUCUCUUGCCUCAGCUUCUCAAGUUCUGGGAUUAUAGCUAUGUGCCACUGCACCCUCCAGCAUCAUUUUUUAAAAUUAAAAAGUUUUUUUUAGGCAGGGUCUAUGUAGCUCUGGAUGGCCUAGAAACCACAAUUGUAGUCCAGACUGGACUUGAACUCAUAGGUGAGCCUAUGGGAUGAAGGGGGUGUGUCAGUGUAAUUGUUCAAAAAAAAAAAAAAACUUAAAUGUUUAUAUGAAAAUUUGAAGAGUAAAACAAUGCAAGUAAAACCUUAAGAUUUGAGCUGA